AAAUCGCAAUAUCAAUACGAAUGACGUAUCUGAUUGAAUAGUGCGUCAGGAUAUUGUAAGAAAUCUUCACCGUUAUCGAUGCUGAUAUCGGUACUUUUGGUUUUCCUGCUACAGCACAAGGUUGGUAUUGCUAUUUUUCAAUUUUGAAAAUAUUACGGGUACACAGGCUGGAUGAUUAGCACAUGUCAAGUGAGUUCACUUGACCAAAAUGAAUAAAUUUCCGGGAAUUUUUUUCGCAAUUUCUCCGGAAAGUGAACUUUUAAGUGUCACUUUUGCGUCGGCGAGGGGAUAAAAAUUUUUCUGAUGAGCUUUUGCGAUGAUUUAGUAAAAUGCUUCUCCUUUUUAUUGAUUUUAUUGUCAGUUAUUAAUUGUGCCAGGGGGGUGGCGGUGAUCCUCGAGAAUACAAUAACGAAAUUAUUCGAGGUAUAUCUAGCGCUGGACCCUGCGGUCAAGGAUGGCCUGAGAUAUAUACGAGAGUUUACAGUCAUCUUGAUUUCAUCAACUCGACUAUGAGUGCAAUUUAAUAUGCUGAUUUGAUGGGGAGGAACAAUAAAAAUUAAAUGAACUCGUUGCCAUGGCCUUGAAGGUGUGGAACUAUUACUCUUAUUUUUUAUUCUUUGUUGACAACCCAGUCAUUCCAAAAUACGGUUUAAAUGACAAUGGGGAAACAGCUCAUACGUGUCGGGAAUCCCGAACAAUAUUGAAAGAGGUAAAUUCUGUACAACUCGAUACAAAAGGUGGCCUUCGAUAUGUCGAUGAGCAUCAUCAAUUGUUGUUCGGUUAUUAUAGAUUUUAACUAUCUAGAAAUAAAUUAUGGAACUCUAUCCUAUCUAUCGACGUGUUAACGGUUCUCCAGAAAUGAAGAAAGAUCAUUAGUCACUGAGGAUCAGUACCUGUCGGUUCUCCGAUUACGUCGGACGUCGAGGCGCACAAAUAAGUUGCCAAAUCGUUUACAGUCGCUUUUAGUCGACAAUCAUAUCUGAAGUAUUGUUUUGAGUGGUCAAUAUGUUGGUGUAUAUUCUCCUGGUGAUAUUAUCAGCGAUUACUCCAGGCGUACGUUCACUGCGAUUUCAACUGGAGAAUCGCAUUUUGGGUGGCUCCGAGGCAUCAACGAAUGACUUCCCGUCCCUAGUUGCAAUCUUCAGACAAUCCGAACAAACCUGCGGGGGAACGCUCAUCAGCCCAAAGCACGUCCUCACUGCUGCCCACUGUAUUUACGAGGGCAAACCCUACGAAUAUUCUAUUCUAGCUGGUGUCACGAAUUUGGUCGAUUACCAGGGCAUCCGAAUUGACGUACGUGGAAAAAUGCGCCAUCCAAACUACCACCCCCCGAUUCCUAAUUUCCAUCAUCUGAAGAAUGACAUCGGCGUGCUGAAGCUUGUUUCUUCCAUAGACGUAACCGCCCCAAACAUCGCUAUAGCAAAGCUUCCGGCCCGCAAUUUAACCCCUCGUACUGUCGGCUUGACCGGUGGCUGGGGGAGUUUGAACAAAAAAGGCGAAAAAUCAGACUAUCUUCGUAAAGCUGUUGUCUACGUGUGGCCCUUGAGUCACUGUCAAGCAAAAUUUAGCUGGCACACCAACGAUCAAUUUUGCGGGAGUGGGUAUGACGUUCCCACCAACAUGUGCUAUGGGGACAGCGGUGGUCCCUUCAUGGUGGGUGACACAAUCUUCGGUGUUCUCUCGGUUGCCACCUGUACCUUUCGCGGCACCAUAACUUACACGAAGGUCUACUCACAUCUGACCUUCCUCGAGGUGGCCUUAAAAUUCUGACGAUGUUGGUUUAUUGAUUUACCGAUUGGUACCAUUGGUACCAACAAGUUUAUCCCCUUUUGGUUGAACACUUUCUCCCACAUAUCGAUGUGGCUUCCUAGUCGAAGUUGUGGAGGAAUAUCGUGUAGGAAGGCUGUUAUCGGAAAUUGAUGAAUACAGAUGAUUAAUGUACCAAAUGGAUGACGAUGACAAGAUUUUGGUGGAGGAAAUCGAACGAGGAGGAACGAUUAUUUGGGGAAGUGAUGGAUGAAGUGCUGUUUCAAUCAUAUUAAGUGAUGAUGUACAACAUUCCGGAGAGGCAGUGGCCCUAGUUGGUGUAGGUGAAAGGCUGUUGAGCUGAAAAGCAUCUGGCAAUUAAUGUCAUCAGUCAUUUUGGUGGCUGUGAGUGGCCUCUUGACGAUGGACAGGGAAUAUGGAGCUCCUAAACGUUGAGGAUUAGUGAAACCAGGAUCAUCAACACAUCACGUAUCGACGUUAUAAAUAUUCAUCGUAGAGCAGCAUAAAUAUUCAUCAUUAGAUGAAGACAAUCUUGAAGUAUUUUUGGAGGCAUUUGUUCGGUUUAGAAGAUUAAGAUUAUCGUGACUUUGAAAUUAUGGUAUUUUAUGUCGGAUUGUGGCUACUAAUUGUUGAGGAGAUUGAACAUGAAAACGAGAACCGAUUGAAAUGAUUUUUUUAGGUUGUUCCAUUCUUCUUUUCGUACUGAUGUUGAAGCCGUUGAUAAUGCGAAACUUUCAUUAAAUCUCGCCCCGUGAGUGAAACUGAAGAUUUUGAAUAAUUGAAGAAGGCAAUAGUGAAAGCUCGUUGACACAAACACGGAAGUAGGUAUAGCUUCAUUGUCACAUCCUUGUAGACGACCAUAAUCAGAUGUUUAUACACUCGAGUUCACAGCAGCAAACGGGAAAAAUCCCAUGAUGAUGUACGUUCAAAUGAAUAUGAAUAUUGUAGAGAACCUGAUGUCAUGCAAAUUACAAAAAUAAAUUCCUGUGUUGUAA